UUCUGCAGCCCAUAUUCAUAAAUCUUUAUAACUUUGCUUAUAAGCAUUUGUAAGUUGGUGAUGAUUCCAUGUAAGCAUCUGUAUAAGCUCUAAUAUUGCCUGAUAUCUAAAUAUCUAAUAAUAUGCUAGCCUAUAAAUAAUUCCUUAAAAACUUUAAAUCAUGCUGUAACAUGUUACCAUUCGUUAUAAUGCCAUGUGGUGUACCACAUAAUUGUAAUAAUUAUUAACAAUAAUAAAAACAUUAUAAACAUUUUAAAACUCAGCACGGCAUACUUGAGGUAAGGUAAUACUACAUUUUGUGAACAAACUUUGAUGCUAGUUUGACAGAGCUUAAUAACAAUAUCGGAAAUGGUUGCCAAGGUGUUGCUAGCUGGUUGCUAUGCUAUCCCAGGUGGAUGCUAGGGUGUUGUAAAGAGAUUGCUAUGGUAUUUCAUGUGGUUGCUAGGCAGUUGCUAUGAUAUUCCCAGUGGUUGCUAGAGUGUUGCUAUUUUGUAGCUAUGGUAUUCCAGGUGGUUGUUAGGGUGUUGCUUGGUGGUUGCUAUGAUAUUUUUGGUGGUUACUAGGGUGUUGCUAGUUGGUUGCUAUUAUAUUCUAAGUGGUUGCUAGGUGGUUGCUAUGGUAUCCCGAGUGGUUGAAAGGGUGUCGCUAGGUGGUUGCUAUGGUAUUCCUGGUGGUUUCUAAAGUAUCGCAAGAUGGUUAGAAUGAUAUUGCAGGUAGUUGCUAGGGUGUUGCUAGCUGGUUGCUAUGAUAUAUAUCAGGUGGUUGCUAGGGUGUUGCUGAAAGGUUGCUAUGGUAUUUCAUAUGGUUGAUAGGCUGCUGCUAGGUGACUGCUAUGUAUUUCCAUGUGGUUGCUGUGUGUUUGCUAGGUGGUUGCUACGCAAGCCCAGGUUGAUAGCAUGUAACUAGAAGGUUGCUGUGGAAUCUCAGCUGAUUGCUAGCAUAUUAAUUGGCUCCUGCCUAUUCCCUAGGGUUGCUAAGGUGUUAGAAGGUGGAGCAAUGCAGAUUUCCUUCUCAUCAGUAUAUCUUAAGUAACAGUGACCAUCAAACUUUUCCCUGUGUAUUCCUGUGGGGAGAAAAAUGCAAUUUGGGGCAUUGCAUCUUGGCAACUGAAUGAAUAUGAAUAUAGAAUAUAGUGGAAGACAAGGGGUUGAUGGAAGCAUUUCAAAUUGCAUCCUCUGAUACUACCUAAAAGUUUAUGUGUAAUAAAUUCUAUGUUGAAUAAAAUAAUAUAUUUCUUUGUAAAGCUACUUUUUGUAAUAUUUAUUCAAUGCUUUUCUCAUCUAACACAACGAUGAUUUUAAAUGAUCUUUUGGGGGGUAAUUGCUCAGCCAAAAUUAAUUAAUUAAUUGCGAUCGAUGACACGUAAUUAAUUUGAUUUUUAAAAAUGUAGCGAUUGACAGCCCUAAUUAUAACGUCAUCAAUUAAUUAUCUUAUCAAUGAUCGUUUAUUGCACGUUAUUAGAGUUAAAAUGCUUACAAGAAAUCAUCACCAAUUUACGAACAAUUAUAAGUGGAGUUAUAAUGAAUUAUAAUUAUGGGCUUCACAGAAAGGAACACUGAUAAUAAACUGGACAUUUUGACAAUUAUGAAUGAUUUAUAUAAAUUUUUUUGUUUUUCUUUGCAAUAAGUAUUCCAUGGCCUGUCGUAGUUUUUGGUUUUGGUUUUUGGUCACUUGAAAAUUAAGUCAUUAAGGAGACAUGAUAAUGGUUCGUCAGGCUCAAUCAUCUCUUUUACAUGAAUUUGCCUCUCCCACAUCCAGGCAGAUAUAGUGUCAAGUGAUGAUAGUCUGUUGUUUAUCCUAUAUUGUGAAAAUGCACUGGCACUCAGGCAAAUUGACCUGCAGUGGUUGAAUGAUGAUACAUUGAGCUGCAAUUCAAUCCCCUUCAGUCAAUUGAAUUUGGAAAAAGGAUUCAAUUAGGACAGUAUAUCUCUGAGGUCCUAAUUACACUAUGGCAGGAAAAACACAAAUCUCAUAUUCUCACAUUCAUAUUCAAAAUAUCCAUAUCCAAGACUCAUAUUCCAGAUUUGAUGUACCUGACUGCAUCUGUCUGUUUCCAUUGUCUAUUAAACAGUCUACACAAGAAAGUGUGGAGAAAAUAGUUCUACCUUAGACCCCAGUAAAUAAAUAACUAAGCACAAUGAUUUUCACCUAAGACCUGAGUAUAUUUGAUAAAUUAAGCAUUAGAAAUUACCAUUCACGACUAUUCUGUUGAAUUAUUAGUAGUCAGUACUCAGUAGUUUAGGGUGUCAUCAGGUACUAGGAUGUCCGCAGGGAAAUCGAUUUUGGUUAUUUGACAGUGGUAUCAGUCCCUUUUCCCUUACACUGGCUUAAUGAAUGUACUAUUUCUUCAACAUGUAAACACAAUGGUAAGAAACAAAUGGGCUAAUGCAAAUCCAGUGUUUCAGUGACAAUAACACUUUUGCGCAUGCAAAUCCUCAUCCAUCAGACAGUAGAAAGGGGGAAUGUGGGCUGCAGGGAAGAAGAGAAUGAGUGUGAUCUCUAAAGAGCACAGUAUGGGAGAACUCUUGUUUGAGACUCUGCUGUUGGUGUGUUUGUGGAGCUGCUGUUAUGCCACUGUACUCCAGUUUAACGGAAAUGUUACCAUCUAUGGCAUGUUUCCUCUCCAUAAUGUAGAUGCUACCGUCUCGACUCUACCUCAACUGGCUGACUGUAACCGAGGAGCUGCCAACAUCCAUGGCUACUACUUGCUGCAGGCUCUGCGCUAUGCUGUAGAGGAGAUCAACAACGACAGUCAGCUCCUGCCUGGUAUCACACUAGGCUAUCAGACAUAUGAUAUUUGCUCGCUUCAAGCUAGUAUUCUGGGCACGGUGACUCUUGCAGCUCAGCAGUAUAACAGAGUGAAAGUGAAGCCUCAAGCGAUUGCCCUCAUCGGACCCGACAGCAGCAGCUACAGCUUCAUUCCAGCUGCUGCACUCGGUGCCUUUCUGAUGCCUGAGAUCUCAUAUGAAGCUUCAGAUGAACUGCUAAGCAACAAACAGAUGUACCCAUCUUUCUUUCGCACCAUCCCCAGUGAUAAAAACCAGGUGAAAGCUAUGCUCGAGAUUCUCGUGAGAUACAACUGGACCUGGAUAGCCCUUCUCGGCAGUGACAAUUCAUAUGGCUUGCAGGGGAUGUUGAGCCUGUCGCAGCAAGCAUCAGAUUUUAAUAUCUGCAUCGCAUAUCAAGCAGUGAUUCCAAGACUCAAAAAUGACACACAGCAGCAGAUACGAAACAUUGUCAAGAAUAUCAUCAAAACCAAAGUGAAUACCAUAGUAGUCUUUUCCAGCAAGAGAAUUGCCAAAGGGUUUUUCUUAUUUGUAAUAGAGCAGAAUGUGACAGGGAAAGUGUGGAUCGGGUCUGAGGACUGGUCAGUGGCAACCUUAGUGUAUAAUAUCCCUGGAAUCAGUACUAUUGGAACUGUCUUGGGUGUGUCUGUAAAAUAUACACCUUUUAAUGGGUUCGAAGAUUUUGUGAACCAGGCCAUAACUAAGCUUAGAAACAUCAGUGUUGAAAACACUGAAAUGAAUGUCCCAUGCUUACAGAAUACUGAAUUGUACAAAAUGGCAUCUGCACAAUAUUCUCUGGCGGAAUAUGAUAUUACCUCUUCGUUUAACGUGUAUCGGGCGGUAUAUGCAGUGGCUUAUGCAUUGCACCAGGCUCUCAGGUGUGAUUCUGAAAAAUGUCAGAACACUGAAAUUCAGCCAUGGCAGCUCUUCCAAUAUUUAAAACAAGUACGGAUUUCUAUCAGAAACACAACAUUAUUUUUUGAUGCGCAUGGAAACCCACCAGCAGGAUACGACAUUAUCACAUGGAUAUGGCUUAAUAAAACAUGGUCUCUUAGAAUGGUGGGAUCAUUUAUUUCAGAGCCCCCUACUCUUCAAAUGCAUGCUUCACAGAUACAGUGGAUGCCUGAGUCACGUUGUUCCCCAGAAUGUUCCUAUGGGUACAGACAACUGCAGCUUGGACAACACAAAUGUUGUUUUGAGUGCAUAGAAUGUCCAGCUUCCACUUUCCUCAACAAAACUGACUCUACCAGCUGCCAGCCCUGCAACAAAGAUCAGUGGUCUCCAUCUGGGAGUGAGGACUGUCUACAGAGAACAGUUCUAUACCUGCGAUGGGAUGAGCCAUUGACCAUUGUUCUCCUGCUUCUUCUGGCACUGACACUGCUGCUCACCCUGGGCACUGCUCUUAUCUUCCUACUCAACUUGAGCACCCCAGUUGUAAAAUCUGCAGGUGGCAGGACAUGUCUGCUCAUGUUGUUGUCUCUGACCGUAGCUGCCUUCAGCUCAUUGUGCCUUUUCAACAUGCCCUCUCGAGCAUCCUGUCUGUUCAGAAAGUCUCUCUUCAUCUUCAGUUUCACCAUCUGCCUGAACUGCAUGACUGUCCGUGCCUUCCAGGUGGUGUGCAUAUUCAAGUGGUCUGCAAAGCUUCCCAAGUUCUACUAUACAUGGGUCAACAAUCAAGGUCCUAAUAUCUUCAUCCUAAUCACCUCUUUGGUUGAGUUCUUCAUCUCUGUUCUCUGUGUGAGCUUAAAUACACCACUCCCCUCAGCAGACUAUGACUUCUACUUUGAAAGCAUUGUAUUAGAGUGCAGUAAAACUAUAUCUGUAGUGCUUCCACAAAUUCUGUAUGUGUCUAUACUGACUGUAAUAUGUUUUUGCUUGAGCUACAUGGGUAAAGACCUACCAGCAAAUUACAGUGAGGCCAAGUCCAUUACAUUCAGCCUGAUGAUCUAUAUUAUCUCCUGGAUCACUUUCUUCACCACCUACAUUGUUAAUAGAGGAACUUUAGCUAUGGCCUUGGAGGUGGUUGCCAUUCUUGUUAGUGUUAUUGGAAUACUUGGUGGAUACUUUUUGCCGAAAGUGUACAUCAUUUUAUUACGACCGAAAAUGAAUACCACUGCCCACUUUCAAAAUUGUAUUCAAAUGUAUACCAUGAAUAAACAGUAAAACUCCGGCUGCAGCAUAUUUAGAAAAAGUAGUUAUAAAAAUCUUACUGUAGUGGCAGCUGGUUGUCUUUUUUUCACUUUAUCUGUUUGGUUCCUUUGUGGUCCAAAGUAAAAUUUAAUUAAUAGAUGAAUAUGAUUUUCCAGCAUAAUUUAACAUGUAAAUAUAAUCUGUUUCAAGCUUCACUUGUGGGCAUUCCUUUUGGAUUUCAUUUGAAAUUGAAUGAAGGUUUCAAUAUGUACCUGCUUUAAGUAAAACUCCAUCCUGAAACACAUUAAAAAUGUUUAUGUUGAAAUAGUUGUAAGGUGUAUAGCAAUUCUGGUGGUUGUUGCUGUGUUGGUUGUUGCUUUAAUUUUUGUUUUGUGCUAGAUUUACGGUUGUGUGCCACACUGAUGUCACAGGGUGACAUUGCUAGUGCAGUUACAAUUUUGUUUGAUAGAAAAAAAAAUGUCAAACACAUGUGUAAUGUUCAGGUUGUCCAUCCAUCCAUCCAUCUUCUAUACCGCUUAUCCUACAGGGUCGCAGGGAACCUGGAGCCUAUCCCAGGGAGCAUCGGGCACAAGACGGGGUACACCAUGGACGGGGUGCCAAUCUAUCGCAGUGUUCAGGUUAUUAGCUCCUAAAAACAAAAGAGCAGCAGCUUAUUUUCUCAUCCAAUAUUAUCUAGUAAUGUUCAGUGUCAUAUUAAUGAGAAAUCCAACAUAGAAUUGGUGCAUACAGCAAAUUUUGGACUCAGACUUCCAUAAGUACAGCUAUAUGAUUUAAAGCUAGUUAGUUGGAAAAUCCAGUGUUACAGCAGCAGACAAGAAACAAUAGACAAAAUUAGACCAAGGCAAAAGACAAUAUGUCAGUAGAAAAUAAAAUUAACUACUACAAAUAUAUAAAACUGUACAUAAGUACAGUAUAUGUCAGGUUAUGACAGUGUACAAAAUGUCACUAUGUAGUAUUGAGCUGAGGAAAGAGAAAAAAUCUGUGCAGAUAAGAACUACAGAAGAGAGCUAGGGAAAUGCUGAACAGAUGAGAGAAGACAGAGUUAAAUAAUCUGAUAGCAGCCAGGAGGAAGGACCUGUUUCUGUUGUUCCCUUCUGUACUGAGGCAGAAAGUGUCUGCUGCUCAUUGUACUUUGCAGAGCAUUGACUUCAGCAUGGAGUAGGUGAUUGGGUGUAUGACUGAGAGUUUGAAGCAAGGACUAUUUCCCACUGGCACCACUAUAAGCAGGUAGUCAAAUAGCAUUGUGGAUAAUGUAGGAAACUGUCAAAGUGAAAAUAGACCAGCAAGUUUCAAUUAAAAAAGCCAAGUUGACAGCAAAAUAAAUCUUGGAUGACAUUGAAGAUCAUGUGUUAAUUAUAAAAAUUAAUGUACAAGUGUAUGGUGGAUUUUUCCUUUUAACCAUGAUUAUUUUCUUAUAGAUUACCACAGCAGAUGUUUAAGUCUCAAUGCUUAGUACCUUAGUACUAGGUCUGAAAACACAACAGUAUACCAGGUGUUGUAUGUCUUUGCUUUCCAUCAAUAUAAUCAUACAGUCUGUAUUACUGUACCUUAUCCAUCUCCAUUUGUCACUAUACACACACAUAGGCACUUAGUCACCAGAGGCAGAUGACAGUAUGAAAAGAGGAGGUCACCGCCAUUUACUGCGGAGCGUGUGAGUAGGCUGAUUGGGUGUGUUUCCCACGCUACUCUCCUAUUCAGUGUGUAAUAUUCUCAGGAGGCUAAAACAAUAGACGU